GUUGUACUUCACCCAUACAGUGCAGUUUUAACAAUCGACUUUUCCUGCACCGCCAACAGUCUGCUGCUACAUUACCUUCCAGUACAGUUAUGGCAGAUAUCAGCAAAACUGAAAAGCUUCAGCUGCACGCUCCAGGUUUAGAGGAACUGCGUGGUGUGUUACAGGCGGGACUGGAGAACAACUUUGCUGAAGUUCAGGUGAGUGUUGUGGAGUGCCCAGAUCUCACCAAAGAGCCCUUCCAGUUUCCUGUCAAAGGCUUGUGUGGAAAUCCUCGCAUCACUGAUGUUGGUGGCGUGCCGUACCUGGUCCCCUUGGUCCAGAAAGACAAGGAAUACGACAUGAACGCUAUAUCAAAGGAGCUGGAGCUGCCGGGAGCCUUCCUCCUCGGUGCAGCAGGGGCCCCCUCCAGAAUUAUUGGAAUGAAUGCAGAGCUGAUGCCUCUGGUUCUGACCGAAGCGGAGGGAAGGCCUGCGGUGAACAGCAGCUACUUCUCCUCCAUCAAUCCAGCUGACGGCCAGUGUCUGCAAGAAAAAUACAGUGACAAAUUCUCUGGCUGCAACUUUGGGCUGCUGGGCAAUCUGUACGCUUGUGAAGGGAAGUCAGGAAAGGUCAUCCAGGUGCGGGCCAAGAAGAGAACAGGAAGCCACAGUCUUGUAACAGCUUUGAGGAACACUCUUGAAGGUCACUACCCUGAUAAAAGCCUGGCUCUGGGAGGCACCUUCAUCAUCCAGAAAGGGAAAGCUAAAAUCCACAUCAUGCCGAGAGAGUUCUCAGCCUGCCCCCUCAACACUCAUGAGGACGUCAACAACUGGCUCAAGCACUUUGAGGUCAGCGCCCCACUCAUCUGCCAGUCAGUGCUGGUAUCCAGAGACCCUGGUUUGGACCUGCGCGUGGAGCACACCCACUGCUUCAGCCACCAUGGAGAAGGUGGCCACUACUACAUAGACACCACACCGGACACUGUAGAGUACCUGGGCUACUUCAUGCCAGCAGAGUUUGUCUACCGCAUCGACAGGCCCAAAGAGACCCAUGGAAUCGGCCGCGAUUGAAAAAUGAAUGAAAGAUUUACAUUUGCAGCACAGCAUCUCUUGAUAAUCUAAAUGAAGCAACACAUGAUUUGAAUUAGAUUCUCUGUAUUAUAAAACCCUACAGAAACCUCAGUUUUUACAAUGAAUAUGACGAGUUUGCAUCAUUUCUGCUCUUAAAUCUCAUCUCUAAAAGGUCAUACAUUUCUUACAAACAAAAUCACUACAUAUAAUAAAAACAAUGUUAAAUUCC